AUGAGGAAAACUGAUACAUUACCAAUAUCUCGAGUUCCUUCGUCAAUAAGACUAUCACCAUUCCCAUCAACACCCCAGCCACCAAGCUCCACCACUCCAAGUAUUAUAAAAGAUGCCGAGGAUGAAAAAUUCGAUUCAUUGAAAAUAGUUCAAACUGUCAAUGAGUUUGAGAAUAAAAUCAGUCUUUUAAGUCAAAAAGUCACCAGUUUUAACACUGCAGGUUUAGAUGAAGUUGUUAGAGAUUUGAUCAACAUAAAUGAAACUUUUGAAGAAGAGCUUGAACAAUUAAAGAAACAUCAAAACUUGAAAACAUCAAUAGAAAAAGUUGAAAAAGAUCAAGAACAAUUAGAUACUACGUCUAAGGAUAUAUUGAAAAAAUUAAUAUCAUAUAGAGCACAAUUGAAACAAUUACCUUCAGUACCAACAAAAGGACCUAUUGAUCAAAUGGCUACCAUUGAUAUUGAAGAAGUAUUGAAAUAUGGAUCUAAAUUAUCAAAAUUUACAAAAAUUCCUCCAGGAAAUAUUGGUGCUCAUCCCAAUAAUUUCAUUUGGCCAGCUGAAGAUUCUUUGAGAAGAGGGACCUUGGCUAUCAGUUCAUUAAGAGGAGAAGAAAUAAUAGCUCGAGAGUUAGGAGAAGAAGCAGUCAAAUCAAUACCUGAACCAAUACCUGAAUCAGUAUCAGAGCCAAUACCAGAAACCAAAGUCACUGAAAUCGAACCUAAAGUAAUAACUGAAAAUAAACCAGAACGUAAAGAAAGACAUCAUAAACCUGAAAAGAAAGAAGAGACAGCUUUAGAUUUAGAUCUUUUCGAUCCUGAAAUCGAUUCAGACUAA